AUGUCUGCUUUCCUUGCCCUGGCAUCGGUGUUCGCUGCCCUCGCUCUUUGGCAGCGUCAUGGAAGCAGGAGCUGGGACACUUGUGACGUAACGAAUGUACUCGAUCAAGUGCAGCCCUCAAUAAUAAAUACACCUCAGCCGAUCUCCACGAUAAGAUUGGUUCUGCCCCUUCUUGCUCUCUUCGCUAUCUAUGCCCUCUUUGUGUUCUCUACUCUCAAUGGCUUCUUCUUCCUUCUCCAAAAUUCUAUUGCGAAUCGGAAGCUGCCUGAUUGCGAUGAGCCCCUACGGACUAACUACACCGGCAUUGGAUACCUGGACUAUGUUCUUACGAAUUUAGGGCCAGUCUGGCCAGCCAUCUCCGGGAAUUCCCCCGGAAUCCCAUCUGUCUUUGGCAUCCUUGCGCAGACGAUCACCUACGCUUUGGCUGUUCCUGUCUACUGUACUUGGCACCUAUACACCUCCAGAACUGCCACUAGACCGGAUGCGCGGAGUGUGGGCAUACCAUCUGCCAUGGCGUUUAUGCUGCCGCUCAUAAUCGCCGUCGGCUACAUAGUUCCUUCUGCAGCCAUGUUCCUUCCUGCGCCAUCGAUUGUAAGCGUCGGCACGAAACAGGCUCUGGCCGCAGCAUGGCAACCUUUUCCAAUCUACACGUCCGUUUUGGCCAGUCUAUGUUGGCUCUUUUCUUCCUACUUUUCCCCUGAUAGUGACAAAUCUGGUCCUGUGACCCUCCGUGGUUUGAGACGAACCUAUGCUUUUGCCUUGUCAUGUGCUGUUAUCCCACGCAUUGCCGCCUGGGCGCUCUCCUUAACGGCUCUGGCGUUUCCUACUCUGUUUCCUGAAAACGUUGCUGCUGAGAUACACCCGCUGCGAGUCUUUGUUAACAGGCUACUCUGGUUAUCACCUUUAGUCCAGGUCACGUCUGUCGGAGAGGGAGCUCUCUGGUUUCUCCAGUGGGACGAUCUGAUCGGUUCGACAGCGCUGCUUCUUUGGGCUCUAGCACUGUACAAAGCAGCCCAUCAACAGGCAUCGGUAGAGAUAAGGUGGACGGAAUUAGGAUCGAAGGUCGUUUUACUCUCGAUGAUCAUUGGGCCGGUGGGGGCGGCGGUAGUAUUGAUGCGGGAGAGGGAUGAACUAGUUUUCGAGAAUGCCAGUCGACGUGGUGAGAGUGGUCAUGACAGGAAGACGCAAUGA